CACAAAACCAAAUACAUAACAAAAUCGUCAGUGUCGCGCCGGUCGCCGCUUAGUGCGGACGUAUUAAGUGUGUGUGUAUGUUUAAAGUUUCGUGAGAUUUAAUUAAUCGAACGAGACAUCACGAAAAACGAAGCGAUAAAAUAAUCUAGUCAAACUUUUUGUACAUAAGUUGUUUUCAACAUGAAAUAGAUUAAUUAAUUAUAGUUGUGAUUAAAUCUCCGUCUACAUAAGCCUGUACUUAGUGUACAAUUAAUUCAAUUUAAUUUUUUAUAUUUAAUUUGUUAUUGUUGAACAAAAUGCAAAUUUUAAGAGCAAGGUUUGCUCUACGGACGAGCGCUUCGCACUUCCAAGCAUGGAGCUCUACGCGAUUUGCUUCUACAGACUCAAAAACCGUAGACUACAAACCAAUCAGAAGUGUCUUGGUCGCCAACAGGGGAGAGAUCGCCAUCAGAGUGUUCCGAGCAUGCACGGAGCUCGGCAUCCGAUCCGUCGCUAUAUACAGCGAGCAGGAUCGUCUUCAGAUGCAUAGACAAAAAGCCGACGAGUCAUACUUAGUCGGCAAAGGCUUGCCUCCAGUAGAAGCGUACUUAAGCAUUCCAGAGAUCAUCAGAGUAGCCAAAGAAAAUGACGUGGAUGCGGUGCAUCCCGGAUAUGGAUUGCUAUCUGAGAGAUCGGACUUCGCGGAAGCAGUAAUUAAAGCCGGACUUCGGUUUAUCGGACCCUCGCCACUUGUAGUCCAGCAGAUGGGUGACAAAGUCGCUGCGAGAAAAGCCGCGAUUGAAGCCAAGGUGCCUAUAGUAGCGGGUACGGAUGGACCGAUAACGACUAAGGAGGAAGCUCUGCAGUUCUGUAAACAACACGGCCUUCCUGUUAUAUUCAAGGCCGCGUACGGCGGCGGUGGUCGAGGAAUGAGGGUAGUAAAAGAAAUGAGUGAAGUGGCAUCCUCCUUCGAAAGAGCGUCUUCAGAAGCGCUCGGCGCUUUCGGCAAUGGCUCCAUGUUUAUUGAAAGAUUCAUCGAAAGGCCGAGACAUAUCGAGGUUCAGUUGCUUGGUGACAAAGCUGGAAACGUAGUACAUCUAUAUGAAAGAGAUUGUUCUGUGCAAAGGCGUCACCAAAAAGUUGUUGAAAUCGCUCCAGCCCCACGACUUGACCCCGAGAUCCGUAAAAAGAUGACAGACUGUGCAGUUCACUUGGCCAGACACGUGGGCUAUGAGAAUGCCGGUACAGUGGAAUUCUUGUUGGACGACAAAGGCAAUUUCUACUUCAUUGAAGUCAAUGCCAGGUUACAAGUAGAACACACAAUCACAGAAGAGGUAACCGGCAUAGAUCUCGUGCAAUCACAGAUCAGGGUCGCGGAAGGCAUGACCUUACCCGAGAUGGGUCUGACGCAGGACAAGAUCAAGACGCAAGGUUACGCCAUCCAGUGCCGCGUCACGACUGAAGACCCCGCCAACAACUUCCAACCCAGCACCGGCAGGAUUGAGGUGUUUAGAUCGGGCGAAGGCAUGGGUAUUCGAUUGGACUCUGCAUCAACGUACGCUGGCGCCAUUAUCUCACCGUAUUACGAUUCUCUGCUAGUCAAAGUAAUCUCCCACGCACAAGACUUGGCGGCAUCGGCCGCUAAAAUGAACCGAGCGCUCCGCGAAUUCCGCAUCCGCGGCGUCAAGACCAACAUCCCCUUCCUCCUCAACGUGCUAGAGAACCAGAAGUUUUUGAAUGGAGCCGUAGACACAUACUUCAUCGACGAGCAUCCUCAACUGUUCAUGUUCAAAGCGUCACAAAACCGCGCACAAAAGAUCAUCAGCUACUUGGGCCAAGUAUUGGUCAACGGACCGGCAACGCCCUUGGCCACGAAUAUACCGCCUUCGGAUGUGAAGCCUUACAUCCCUUCAGUGCCGUUGGACCUUUCCCCUGAGGCCAUUAAAAGACACGAAAUGACAGGUGAAAAUACAGCCGUCAAACCACCGAAAGGCUUCAAGGAGAUCCUCACAGAAGGCGGUCCUGAAGCCUUCGCAAAAGCAGUACGACAGAACAAAGGGCUGUUACUCAUGGACACAACAUACAGGGAUGCCCAUCAGUCCCUGUUGGCGACCAGAGUCAGGACACAUGACCUUUUGGGCGUCUCUCCUUACGUGGCACAUAACUUCAGCAAUCUAUACGCUUUGGAGAAUUGGGGUGGAGCUACAUUCGACGUUGCGCUUAGGUUCCUGCACGAAUGUCCGUGGGAGAGGCUGGAGGAUAUGCGAAGACUGAUCCCCAACAUACCGUUCCAAAUGCUACUACGCGGUGCCAAUGCGGUCGGCUACACCAACUACCCCGACAACGUUGUCUACAAGUUCUGCGAUAUGGCGGUAAAAUCCGGAAUGGACAUAUUCCGAGUUUUCGAUUCACUAAACUACCUACCGAACUUAAUCAUUGGCAUGGACGCGGCGGGCAAAGCGGGCGGCGUGGUUGAAGCCGCCAUUUCCUACACCGGAGACGUAUCGGACCCGAACAAGAAGAAAUACGACCUCAAGUACUAUCUAAACCUUGCCGAUGAGUUGGUGAAAGCCGGGACGCACGUGCUAGCUAUUAAGGAUAUGGCUGGUCUGCUGAAGCCUCAGGCUGCCAAGUUACUGAUAUCAGCGAUCCGCGACAAGCAUCCAUCCAUACCAAUCCACGUCCAUACGCACGACACGUCAGGCGCGGGCGUAGCUUCGAUGCUGGCGUGCGCGGAGGCGGGCGCGGACGUGGUCGACGUUGCGGUGGACUCCAUGUCUGGGAUGACCAGCCAGCCCAGUAUGGGAGCGUUGGUUGCUUCGCUGCAAGGCACGCCUCUGGAUACCGGAAUUCCUCUACAAACAGUGUCAGAAUAUUCAGCGUACUGGGAACAAGCUCGCACAUUAUACGGUCCCUUCGAAUGUACCGCCACUAUGAAGUCUGGCAACGCUGACGUAUACUUGAACGAGAUCCCUGGAGGCCAAUACACCAACUUGCAGUUCCAAGCCUUCUCAUUGGGUCUGGGAAGCCAGUUUGAGGAAGUCAAGAAGGCAUACAGGGAAGCCAACCUCUUACUCGGAGACAUAAUCAAGGUGACCCCAUCGUCCAAGGUGGUGGGAGACUUCGCCCAGUUCAUGGUGCAGAACAAGCUUACAGCGGCCGACAUCGAAGCCCGGGCCGAAGAACUGUCCUUCCCCAAGUCCGUUGUGGAGUUCUUCCAGGGCGCUAUUGGCAUACCUUAUGGAGGAUUCCCUGAACCUCUUCGAUCAAAGAUCCUGAAAGACAUGCCGAGGAUAGAAGGCCGGCCGGGACAGGAGUUACCGCCUCUUGACUUCGACAAGUUGAAGGCGGACCUUAAGGAACAUUACCCUGAGGUGACAGACCAAGACGUGAUGUCGGCAGCGAUGUACCCUCAAGUGGCGAACGAUUUCUUCCGCAUCCGGGACAAGUACGGCCCCGUCAAACAUCUCGACACCAAGACCUUCCUUGUUGGACCCUCUGUUGGUGGAACGAUCGAAGUGAAGAUCGAGCGAGGCAAGACGUUGGACAUCAAAACCUUAGCCGUUUCUGAAGAGAUGACUGCGGCCGGGGAGCGGGAGGUGUUCUUUGAGCUCAAUGGACAACUGAGAUCUGUGUUCGUUAGGGACGACCAAGCCAGCAAGGAAAUGAAGAUCCAUCCAAAAGCCAUAAAAGGCGACAAGAACCAAGUAGGAGCACCCAUGCCAGGUACAGUCCUGACCAUCAAAGUUGCAGAAGGCGACCACGUGGACAAAGGACAAGCCAUCGCUGUACUAUCGGCCAUGAAGAUGGAGAUGAUAGUGCAGGCGCCACGAGCAGGCACUGUCAAGUCAGUGGCCGUCACCAACGGACAGAAACUCGAGGGCGACGAUCUCAUAUGCACCAUUGAAUAGGUAUACCACUGAUGUUGCCUAGCUGCAGAUAAUUUACUGUGGUCUGGGGUGCUGGUCGACCAAUCGGAGCGCAUCUCAGCGUACAGUCAAAGGUCGUAAGUCGUUUAGCACCUUAAUAAUCAUAUUCGCGUGGCAAGGUUAUGUACAUGCGUUAGAUAUGUGCAUAACCUUGCUACACAAAUAUGAUUAUAGAAAAAGGUCAUAAAUGCGACAGGUUUUUGAUGGAAUAGUUUCAUUGAAUUGCUACUCGAAUUCUGAGGCUGACCGUACAUAUGGCAUUUCAGAUUGUGACAAACAUUAGUUUGUCACAAUCCGACGGUGGACGGUGGACGUUCCGAUUUAUGGGUCACUUCACACCAUAUCACGGUAAAGGCCGCAGCUUCAGUUGAGAUUGUGAAGUAUCAAUACAUAAAACGUCUUUAGGCAAUAUAUAGCGAAUUUCUCACUCACUGCGCUCGCGCAUAUUCCACGUUCGACUCACAUUGAUACUUCACCAUCAAAAAACUAAUUAGGAAGAGAAUAUUGUCACUUUCAACCACAGACUGGUAUUUUUAAACAUAUUAUAAAAUAACUGUUUUAACUGUUACUGUUGAUUUGUUACCUUUCGAAACUCUCUUUCAUUGUAACUCUCGUUCUUGUUUCUUACAAUCGAUUUUUAUCUGUAAUAUUUAUGGAUGUUUUUAAUUAUUUAGUUAGUUAAGGGUAGCUUUCAUUAUGACGUUGUUAUAAAUUUUAUUUAAGUGCCAGCUUUGGUAUGUCAAAGUUGCCGAGCGUGUAAGGCCCUCAAGUAUACCAUCCAAUUUGUAUGACGAUUAAAGUCUUGAUUAUACAAACUUGAUCAGGUGGUUAUAGGUAUACAGUCAAGGGCCGUAAGUAUAGAAUGUAGGUAUAAUCAAAAUAUGUAUAUUUUUUAUAAUUUGGAUCGAUGAGGGUGCGAAAAUUGUUCAAUUAUACAAGCAAAAAUGCUGUGAUAUAUCACCAUGGAUUAGUGCCUAUAAAGGUUAAGCGCGCAUUUAAAUCAGUCUCAUGCAAAUAAAGUGUAAUUUAUCAAUUUUAUUCUUCUACUAUGUAUAUUUUUACUUAAAUAACUUCAUCACAUCAUAGCCGGCCCACUACUGAGGACAAGUCUUCUCUAGGAAUGAAAAAGGUUUGGGCUAUAAUAUUAUAGUCCGCCACGCUGGCCCAGUGCGGAUUGACAUACUUCACACACCUUUGAGAAGGUUACGGAGAACUCUCAGGCGUGCAGGUUUCCUCACAAUGUUUUCGUUCACUGUUAGAGCAAACGAUAUUUGAUUGCUUAUAAAAACGCACUAACCGAAAACCACUAAUUAACCACUAGAUAUUGACACUAAGUAACUUUAUUGCACAACAAGUGUAAAUUAAAAACUUAUAACACCCCCGACAAGUGAAGGUUACAGUAACUAGAAAAGAGCUGAAA